ACAAAGUAAGCCACAAUAAACAUAAAAACAAGAAGCAUUUUUCAGAUGUGGGAUCAAAUUUUUUAAAUUCAGAAUGGAAACAUUAUCCUUCAUGCACCAUCCACAAAGCGAAGCGGUCGAUUUCGGGUGCGACUACUGCGAUGAGACUUUUCUGUCGAGGAAUUGCCGCAUCAAACACACUGCAACUCAUUUUAAAAAUAAAAUAUGUUCAACCUGUGAAAAUAUACUAAUUUCAAUAAAUGGUGAUUGGUAUGGGCUGCAUACGUCAGCGGAAUGUAAUAAGGAAAAUGAAAAACCAAACGAAGUUUUGAGUGAAGUGAAAACAGAGAUGUUCGAUUUUACACUAGAAGAUGGUGCCAGUCUAAAAUCAGAAGCAAACGAUUAUGAUUCAGAAGACUCGCAGCGUGGCAAUAUAUUUGAAGAGGCGCAAAUGAAAUUACUCGAUCACAUUGAAGUAAAAUCGUUGCCAGAAAUUACCGUACCUCGAAAGUUGAAAAAUAUUUCAAAAACUACAGCAAAAACUGACACUUCAAAAAUGGUGAUAAAAUCGAUUUCAAAACAACAGCGAAAAUAUCGAAAACAAGUCUCAAACAAAGCAACAUUUAUGGACCAUCGUCCAAAGGCAUCCUGUAUCUGCGAUAUUUGUCAUAAAACUCUGGGCACAUUUUCAUCGCUACGAAAUCAUAUCAUAAAUAUGCAUUGUGUCACCCAGAGAGGCGAACGGGUUUCUUGCCAAGAAUGUGGCCAGACGUUUUCAACGCCAGGCAAUUUAAAUUCGCACAAGAAGAUACAUUUGAAAUGUAAAGCGUAUGUUUGCACGUAUUGUGGCCGGGGAUUCAAUCAGCUGCACAAUUUAAAGGAGCAUACAAAUCGACACACUGGCGAAAAACCUUAUUUAUGUAAAUUUGAAGGAUGUCAAAAAGCAUUUGGCCGGAAAACCAAUCUGACAGCCCACACCAGAGUACACACAGGUCAUAAACCGUUCAAAUGUAAUAUUGAUUCUUGUGAGCGGGCUUAUAUGUUUGAAAUCGACCUUAAACGUCAUAAAUAUAGCAUACAUGGGAUCUUUACAAAGAAACAUAUCUGUCCAAUUUGCUCGAAAGUUUAUCCGGAGAAUAAGUUGCUGAAGAAACAUUUGGAAUCACAUUCAACGGGAACGUAAUCGAAUUAAGCUAUUUCUAAUGACAAAACAUCACUACUUUUUCUUUUUAUUUUUAUUUAGGUCAUGAUUUGUUUGACAAAUAUUUUUCUGUAAUAUAGUAACAAAAUUUUAGAAUUAAGUUGAAUUAUUUUAAUGAGAUUUAUCUUUAUAUUGUGCGAAGGAAAAAGUCAUUAUUACG